AUGGGUCCCUGUACGGCCUCCCAUUGCUGCUGUCUCCCAUCGCCACACUCUGCCAUGUGCCACUUUCAGGUCUCCUCACACUGCUGGUGGUUUCCAUUUUUUGUCAAUAGGGACUGCUGUAUGGCCUCCCAUUGCUGCCUCAAAGCCUCCACCGCCACACUGUGGCUCCACACUCUGUUUUGGCCCCGUGACUGCCACCAAUGAGUUAAGUGUGCGAUGAUUCUAAGAUCGACUGCACUCAUCGCAUGUAUGGACAAUUUUGUUCAUAUUUCUCCUUCCCAACUUGCCAAGCCUUAAAGGUACUGACGGAUCUAUUAUCA